UAAUGGAAUGGAAUCAAAAUAAAAGGGGUUAAGUGCUUGUUUGCAUAGCUUUUUGACAACACCAACACUUCGUGAAUGUGCAUGUGCUGCUGUUCGUAUUUUAUUUUUACACUCUGAGGAAAACAAAUUCGAUGGAAAUUAAAUCACUUCGGCGUCGGCAAGUCUCCGCGGAUUUUUGGCUCCAGCCGGAAAAUUGUUCAUUAGCAAUUUGUGUAAUUAAAAAGAGAGAGUGCACGGGCUCAAAAGUGUUGUCCUUCACAGCGCUGUGACACAUGGGGACAGUCUGGGUGGCGUCAUGUUCAACUUUUGACCCGAUCGAAGCAGCCACCGCUGCCGCUUGUUAAUUUUGGAUAUUCCUUGCCAUCUGGUCGGGCUUUAAUGUAAACGCACUGGGCGAAAAAAGUCAUCCAAAGGUCAGCGAAUAAUAGAACUUUGAUUUUUGGCCACGACUUUAUCUUGAAAUUAAUCUUGAAUCUAAAAGUUUGAUUUAAUUUUAGUACCAUGUUCAAGAUUAUAAUAGAAACAGUGAGUGGAUUGAUUAGAGGCAACGCGUUCCUGACUUACUGAUUCCAGAUUCCUGGGCCUUUUUUCACUGUGUAAUUAAGCAAUACGCUUUUGUUUUUAGCCACAUUAUCUCAGCUAAUCAAGCAGAUUAAUGACCGCCUGAACUCGCCAAUCGUCUGGCGUCUGAAGACAAAACAGUCUGUGUGCUGUAGGCCUCUGUUGCCAAAAGCCUGAGAGUUGGUUUCCAGUUUUAGAGCAGCUUUAGUUUUGGCAGUUCAAUUUGAUACACUAAGGCACAAAUGUUUUAUGCAAAUGAUAUUUAAAUGAAGGCAAUGGCAAAACAAGCAAGUACGAGUGGAGAAGCGCAGGUUGAACUAGACAGACUGUCGUGUUGCCCUACAAUGCCCUACUAUUAUUAAAAGUAUGGCUUCGCCUCAUUUAUUGGUACUGUAAUGGCCACGUUAAUCAUAUUAGAAUAAUAGUUAUAAUUAAAACAAUGCAUAAGAGGGUGAGCUUGGGUCGAAACAACUCCUUCUGGUCGGCGUAGGGUACCACAGUUGACCAUUGGCGUGGCUCGUAAAAUUCUGGUUUCUGUCAUAUUAAGAGACCCCGAUAUCCGCACUUCUUCGCUCGUAUUAAUGUUUAUUCUUCGCUUCUGCACCGCGCCCAGGUUUUGAUAUAAAUACCACCUGGCAGAUGAAUCCAAACCAUACUAGAAACGUCCACGUUCCAAGUAACAUACAUCCAAAAUGAAAUUCCUGGUUGUCGCCGUCGCCCUCUUGGCCGUUGCCCACGCCGAUGUGUCCCAUCUGUCGGGCUACAACUAUGCUCCCGUGAGCAUCCCACAGCCGGCUCCUCUGCCUGUGGUCGCUCCCGCCCCCAUCAAGGUUGCUCCCGCUCCCGUGAACACCUACAUUCCCCCCGCACCAGCACCAGCUCCCAUCCAGAUUGAGGUUCCCGCCCCAGCACCCGCUCCCGUGGCCAUUCCCGCCCCAGCUCCCGUGAAGUUCGCUCCCGCUCCCGCUCCAGUGAACACCUACAUUCCCCCCGCACCCGUGCACGUCGAGAUCCCAGCUCCAGCUCCCGCUCCAGUUGUGAUCCCUGCUCCCGCUCCCGCUCCCAUCAAGGUUGCCCCCGCACCCGUCAACACCUACAUUCCCCCCGCACCCGUGAGCAUCCCAGCCCCCGCUCCCCUGCCCAUCAAGGUCGCUCCCGCUCCCGCCCCCGUUCCCGUCCUGGCCCCUCAGCCCGUUCUGGAGGAGAUCGAGCCCGUGUCCGCCGAUGGUUACCGUUACAAGACCGUCCGCCGUGUGGUCCGUCGCCUUCAGCAGCACACAUCAACUUGUGAUCCAAGCAGCAACAAGCCUAUUCUCCUCAAGAUGAAAUUCCUGAUCAUUGCCGUCGCCUUCUUGGCCUGCGCCUACGCCGAUGUCUCGGAGUUGGCUGCCGGAGGAUACGAUUAUCCCCAGCCCGCUCCGCCGGCGCCUGUGAAGAGCUACAUUCCCCCACCACCACCAGCACCCAAGAACACCUACAUUCCUCCCCCAGCUGCGCCUGCCAAGGCCUACAUCCCACCCCCACCACCACCACCACCACCGGCGCCCAAGAACACCUACAUCCCCCCAGCACCUGCCCCAGCGGCUCCCGUCGAGACCUACAUCCCUCCCGCGGCCCCAGCCCCCGCCUACAUUCCUCCCGCUGCUCCAGCCCCCGCCUACAUCCCACCUGCUCCUCUCCAGGCCGAGGAGCCCAUCAUCGAGGAGAUCGAGCAGCCCGCCCAGGACGGCUACCGCUACAAGACCGUGCGCCGCCGCGUCUUCCGUCACCGCAACUAA